AUGUCGUGGUGGCCUCACUACGCACUUCCUGCCGCAAGCCCAUUUACCUUGAGGGAGUGCGGUAUUCUGUCCCAGAACGGCUACUUGACUUGUCGCAGUCAUUUGACCGCUUCUUCAUCCCCCUUCCGCCGUAUUGGAGAUGGAAGCGAAAAUGCAAACCUACCAAAGGGAUUACUACUUAAACUGAAUGUUUUUGGAAGGGGAUCAAAGAGUGCUACCAGUGUUAAGAAACGUGAACGUAACGAGGAUUUGUGUGCAAUGGAACGAAGGACCAUCGAUUUGAAUACGAUGGGCGAUGAAUUCGAUCCACCAUUUUUGGUCGAAGUUCGAUGCCAGAAUACGGCCAACUAUGAACGAGGGACUACCGACACUCUCGUCGAACAGAAGACCAGUACAUCCCCUCUAGACUCCACUACCAAUUGUGAAAUAGUUCCUCGUCUUCCCCGAAUCACACUGUCUUGGGAUCAAGAAGAGGCAAGGUUGAGGAAUGUACAUGUCACGAACCGAGUCCGUAGAACUCAAUUCAUCAUUAUUCGGUCAGGCCCUUUCUUUUGGGAGAUCACUCGAGGAGCUCAGUCUGGUUAG